AUGUCCUCCGCCGCCGCCAGCGCGUGGCGGCGCUCCCUCCGCGGCGCACUCCUGCGCGGCUCCCCGUGGCGCGCCGGCGCCGGCCCCUCCCGGCAGGCCAGCACGGCUUCCGCAGCUUCGUCGGGCGCGCCGGCCGGACCCGCGGCUGCUACUAAUAAGGUGCCCCCGCCUCCCCGCAAGGGUAGGCUUUUGACUGGCGCCAUGAUAGGGCUGACUAUUGCUGGAGGUGCUUACGUGAGUACUACCGACGAGGCCACACUUUGUGGCUGGAUAUUCAGAUCAACAGAACUGGUGAAUCCACUUUUUGCACUGCUGGAUGCAGAGUUUGCUCAUCGUUUGGCUGUUACUGCUGCUGCUCAUGGAUUUGUUCCAAAAGAAAAGAGACCUGAUCCACCAGUUCUUGGGCUAGAGGUUUGGGGUAGGAACUUUACAAAUCCAAUUGGCCUUGCUGCUGGUUUCGAUAAAAAUGCUGAGGCCGUUGAGGGUCUAUUGGGUCUUGGAUUUGGCUUUGUGGAAGUUGGCUCUGUGACACCACAGCCUCAAGAGGGAAAUCCCAAGCCUCGGAUAUUCAGAUUGAAAGAGCAUGGUGCUGUAAUCAAUCGCUGCGGGUUCAACAGUGAAGGAAUUGUAGUAGUCGCUAAGCGUCUUGGGGCACAACAUGGUAAGCGGAAGAUGGAGGAAACUUCGAGCUAUCCUUCAUCAACCAGUAAUGUAAAGCAGGGAGGGAAAGCAGGACCUGGAAUUCUGGGUGUCAAUCUUGGCAAGAACAAGACUAGUGAAGAUGCUGCUGCUGACUACAUCCAAGGAGUUCAUUCGUUGUCGCAGUAUGUUGAUUACCUGGUCAUUAAUAUCUCCUCGCCAAAUACUCCAGGCCUUCGGGCCUUGCAAGGUAGAAAGCAAUUGAGGGAGCUUGUGAAGAAGGUGCAUGAUGCACGGGAUGAAAUGCAGUGGGCUGAAGAUGGUCCACCACCAUUGCUUGUGAAGAUCGCACCGGACUUGUCGAAGGAGGACCUUGAGGACAUUGCUGCGGUUGCUCUUUCUUCCAAGUUGGAUGGCCUGAUUAUAUCGAACACAACAAUUGCAAGGCCGCCUCCUGCAGAUGCACAUCCACUAGCUCAAGAAACCGGUGGAUUAAGUGGGAAGCCUCUGUUUGACUCAUCUACCCGCGUCCUCAAGGAGAUGUAUAUCCUUACCGGGGGCACUGUUCCCCUCAUAGGCUGUGGUGGUGUAACUAGCGGUGAGGAUGCGUACAAGAAGAUACGUUCUGGAGCUACACUUGUUCAACUUUACACUGCCCUUGCCUAUGGUGGUCCAGCUCUCAUCCCAAGAAUAAAGGCUGAGCUAGCAGAAUGUCUAGAAAGGACUGUUGUGGGUAUACUUCAUGGGUGUACCAUCGACAGUGCCUGGAUCCGGCAAGCCCGGGUGGCCCAUAGAUGGUGAUGUGGCAUGUGGCCCA